AUGGCUCGAGAUUGGAAUAAGUCGUUUGGUGGCGAGGAAAAGGUCCUUUUGACUGGCGGGACUGGCUUCAUCGCUUCACAUGUCUUGGACUGUCUUCUAGACCAUGGCUUUGACGUUGUAGUAACCGUAAGGUCCCGAGAGAAGGGGCAGCGUAUCAUCAAAUCCAUCAACGAAGAACAGAGGAAGCGGGUAUCGUAUGUCGUGGUCGAGGAUAUCGCGAAGAAGGGCGCAUUCGAUGAAGUUUUCAAGGCGGGCCCGCCGUUCGGUUACGUCGUCCACACAGCCUCACCCUACCAGAUGCAGUGGAAUGAUCCGGUCAGGGAUUGCCUCGACCCGGCUAUCAAGGGCACGACGGGCAUCCUCGAGUCAGUCCACGCCUGCGCGCCCACCGUCAGGCGCGUCGUAAUCACCUCCUCAUCGGCAGCCAUUCUGAACCCGCCAAACCAUCCCAAGGUGUACGACGAAUCCUCCUGGGCCGACGUGACCUGGGAUCAGGCCAUGGACCCAGAGCACACCUACCGGGCAAGCAAAAAAUUCGCCGAAAAGGCCGCUUGGGACUUCGUCGCCGCCAACGCCCCGUCCUUCACCCUGGCCACCAUCAACAACACUUACACCUUCGGCCCCAUCCCGCGCAGCUUAGCCGGGCUGGACUCGCUCAACACAUCCAAUCACCGCAUCCGCGAUCUCGUUCAAGGCCGCAUGCGCGGCGGUAUCCACCCGACCGCCCCCGUCUUCACGUUUGUCGACGUCCGCGACGUGGCACGUGCCCACGUCCGUGCGCUAACGGUGCCCGAGGCGGGCGGGAAGCGCUUCUAUGUAGUCGGCGGCUACUUCUCCAAUCCGAGGUUGACGAGCAUCAUUCGACGCCGUUUUCCACGGUUGGAGGGACUCUUGCCGCCGCAAAAGGAAGCGGCCAAGGAUGACUUCCCCGAGGAUCACUGGGCGUUUGAUAACACACGGUCGAGAGAGGUGUUACGAUUAGAGUAUACCGACCUGGAGAAGACUGUGGUGGACACGGUUGAGUCAAUCCUGAGGUUUGAGGGAAAGGAGGAGGUAUAA